GUUCAAGAUACUUUAUUAUGCUAAUUACUCAUCUUAUAACUUGUAUUGUUGUCAUACAGGUACAAAAAGAUGCGCUUGCUGAAUAAUAUCUUUGUCUUUCCAGGUGAAUGGGACCUGGGCGCUACCUGGUUUCGUAUGUGACUUCUACAUCGCAAUGGAUGUCACCUGCUCGACAUCGUCCAUAUUUAACCUUGUUGCCAUCUCAAUUGAUAGAUACAUAGCAGUAACUCAACCAAUAAAGUACGCAAAGCACAAGAACACGCGGCGGGUAUGGCUGACCAUAGCGCUGGUAUGGGUGAUUUCAGCAGCGAUUGGGUCACCCAUCGUGCUGGGCCUCAACAACACCCCUGACAGGGUGGCGGACGCGUGCCUCUUCUACAACAGCGAUUUUCUCAUCUACUCCAGCCUCUCGUCCUUCUACAUACCCUGCACCAUCAUGGUCUUCCUUUACUACAGCAUAUUCAAGGCUCUAAGGGAACGGGCACUCCAGCAAAGGCUGACCAAGAAACCGCUUCCGUGCGAAAUAAAGCCCGGAAGCGUGAUAGAAAACGUGGCCAAUUCGCGGCGAUUGGCCGAAACGACCUUGGGUCCGACGGGGGACGACCAACCAACGAACACCGGAAGUGGGUCAGCGGAAGACGAGGACGACGAUGACGGACCUCCGCUUACUACGGGGGAGGACGAGGAGGAUUGCCACGUCAUCUCCAAUGACAAGAGCACCGAGUUCAUAUUGGCCACUGUUGUCGAAGAGGCAGCCAUAUCGUCCGUCGUAGCCAGUUUGGCAACCCCCUCCCCUCAUCAUCAGCUGUCAGACUCCAACGGCAAUAAUGACGUUAGGCAACCAACCGUCAGCCCCAGGAGAAAAUCAAAAAGUAACUCGCAAGCGAAGAGAAACGGCGCGCCACUGGAUACCGAACUCAGGACGGUGGCAACGAUAAACUCGGGCACCGGCACUCCCACCACAGUCGGGUCGAAAAAGGAGAAGAAAGCGACUACAGCUGCCAGGUUCACCAUCUACAAAGUGAACAAGGCCAGCAGGAAAAAACGGGAGAAGUCGUCAGCGAAAAAGGAGAGAAAGGCCACAAAAACUUUAGCUAUUGUUUUAGGUGUCUUCCUGAUCUGUUGGCUUCCUUUUUUCACUUGCAACAUCAUGGACGCGAUGUGCGCCAAGCUGCAACUGCCCUGUCAGCCUGGAGUUGCAGCGUUCCUGCUGACCACGUGGCUGGGCUACAUGAACAGCUUCGUUAAUCCUGUCAUAUACACAAUCUUCAAUCCUGAGUUCCGGAAGGCCUUCAAGAAGAUCAUGAACAUGGGACCAUAAGAUAAACAUUACCGUCGACUAACAAUCAGUCAUGUUUCAAAUUGGAACACUCAAACAUGACACCGAAUUUGUAAGUAGACAUAUCAGAUCAAAAAUACGAAUAAAUGUAACUUGCCAAUAACUUCAUUGUAAUGUUUCAAAAAUAGCGAUGUUACUGUUAAAAAUAAACUGAAAUUUUA